GUUACCCUAUAGGCUUACUGUAAGUCAUAUAUUUCUCCGCUUGCACAGCUAAGCAUCUUUCAGCAAGAAGCAGUCUUCAAAUUCUACUUCUGGGACCUUUUCUGUCUCGACAGGGGCAGCACUUGCUAGUAAAACCAGAAUAAGGUGAACACGGGAUGUUCUGACAAGUUUGUGGAGUGUGUUAAACGCCUUGGGGGAGCUGAGAGGGCAACUCCAAAGGCAAUUCUCAAACUGGUGGAUACAGAAGGAUUGACCGUCUUUCACGUGCAAAGCCAUGUGUAGAAAUAUCGUACUGCAAAAAAACAUGACAGAUUCUACUGAAGGCAAAUCAAAGGAAAGGAGUAGUACAAGUGAUGUAACUCAACUGGAUGUCAAAACUGGGUUGCACCUCACAGAGGCAUUGCAACUUCAGCUAGAUGUCCAGAGGCGUCUUCGUGAACAAUUAGAGAUUCAGCGAAAUUUACAGCUGAGAAUUGAAGAACAAGGAAGGCAGCUGAAGAUGAUGAUUGAUCAGCAACAAAAAACAAACGAAAGCCUCCUAAAAGAACAAGAUUUGGACAUCACACCCUUUGCUUACUUCCCAUCCAAGAUGUAGACACAUCAUUUUGUAUGGGAGUUUUAGUGAAUUUUCAAAUAAUUCGGAUUAGAUCUCAAUCGAUAACUAAUCUGAUAUUUAUUUUAAAGUUUUUUAAUUUAUUGUAUUUGAACUUGCUUUAAUUUGGAGCUUAAAAUUUGAUCUGUCAAGCGUGAAAACCAAUUUACUGAU